UAUUGUAAAGUGAGAGCAUAAAACGCUGAGGACGAGCGAUAAGACUCUUGCCGCUUCAUAGAGUAAAAGGAUUGAUUCCUCCUCUACCAACAAGCAAAGCACACAACGGAAGAAAGUGCAUAUAUUCCUUCUAUUUUUCUGAAUCAAGCCAUACUUCUCUGGCUAUAUAAAUAAUUUUCAUGUAAUUCUUAUUUGAGAGGUACUCUUUUUCAUUUGUUUUUCGGUAUAUUCUCUCUUUCAUUUGGGUUGUUGUCCUGAAGAAGAUGAAAUGGGCAGCCUAUUUUCAUUGCAUAAGCGUAGCCGUGGGUCUACCAGAGCCAGUAGUAGCGCCAGCAGCAGAUCCAGCGCGGAAAGAACAACGGCGUCGCAUCCAUCCAUGAGUAGUAGUCGACAAGAUUCCAUAGCAGACAAGAAGAUUUCGGUCAAGCAGAAGUAUGGUUUCAUCCCCGAUACUUUCUCUUCUCUUGAAGAGGUUACUGCAGCAUUGAGAAACGCAGGUCUAGAAUCAUGCAAUCUCAUUGUUGGAAUUGAUUUCACUAAAAGCAAUGAAUGGACAGGCAAAGUCUCAUUCAAUAACCGGAGCCUGCAUGCCAUUGGAGAUACACCUAAUCCAUAUGAGAAGGCCAUCUCUAUCAUUGGAAAGACUCUUGCCCCUCUUGAUGAAGACAACUUAAUUCCUUGUUUUGGUUUUGGUGAUGCGACCACACAUGAUGACGAAGUGUUUAGCUUUCACAGUGAUCAUUUGCCAUGCCAUGGUUUUGAAGAAGUUUUGUCCUGCUAUAGAAAAAUAGUUCCAAACUUGCGACUCUCAGGGCCAACUUCUUAUGCUCCGGUAGUUGAGGCUGCAGUCGACAUUGUAGAGAAAAGUGGCGGCCAAUACCAUGUACUGCUUAUCAUUGCUGACGGCCAGGUUACAAGAAGUGUAAAUACAAGUGAUGCGGAACUCAGUCCACAAGAAGCGAAAACGAUCAACUCAAUUGUCAAUGCAAGUUCAUAUCCACUAUCAAUUGUGCUUGUCGGAGUUGGUGAUGGACCUUGGGACGACAUGAAGAAGUUUGAUGACAAACUCCCUGCACGUGAAUUCGAUAACUUUCAGUUUGUUAACUUCACUGAAAUAAUGACUAAAAAUUCGGGACCCUCAUCGAAAGAAACAGCUUUUGCUCUAGCUGCCCUAAUGGAGAUGCCCUUACAGUACAAAGCAGCAAUUGAACUUGGCAUACUUGGACAUGCGACAGGUAGAGCAAACAAAAUCGUUCCACGGCCUCCUCCAGUUCCUUACACUCGUCCACUGCCACCUUGGGAGCCAAGCAACCUUCCAUCAGCCAUGACUCGUGGAACAAGCAACCUUUCAUCAACUGUGGCAGAUGAACGAAACCAGAUGACCUGCCCAAUUUGCCUAACUAAUGCAAACGACUUGGCCUUCGGCUGUGGACACUUGACCUGCAAAGACUGUGGUUCAAAAGUGUCCAACUGUCCCAUAUGCCGCCAGCCGAUCAGAAACCGUCUCAGGCUGUUCACUGGGUGACAUGUGCACAAGGAUAUUUCUCAGAAUAAUUGCCUUCUAGCUCUCUGAUUACUUUGUCUCCGUCUCUAAAUGUGUAGUGUGAUUUCUCACCUAAGGAGACUAGUUGUCUUUUCAGAAGAUAAAAGUGUAUAUAUUGUUUGAGUUUAUAUGCUUC